AUGGAUUGGGAAAGCAUUGCCGCGACGUGUCAGGCGAAUGUCCUCAAGGCCAUCCCGCAAAAGUGGCACCUGCCAUCACCACCAGAUGCAUCCGUCACCGACGUCACCGGCGUGCCCCGGUCGUGCGGUCUGUUGACGGACCGACAGCUGGCCCUGACCGAGCAGACGGCUGAUGCACUUGUCAAACAGCUGCAGAGCGGCGAGCUGACGUCAGUCGAGCUCACGGAAGCCUUUUGUGCACGAGCAGCCAUUGCUCAUCAAUGUGUCAACUGUUUGACCGACUACUUUGCCGAGGAGGCAAUGCAGCGCGCAGCCGAGCUGGAUGCCAUUCUGAAGACGACGGGCAAGCCAGUCGGUCCUUUGCACGGCCUGCCCAUUGCCAUCAAGGAACAGCUCAUGAUGAAGGGCAAAGCGGCCACAUUUGCCGCCGUUGCCUGGCACGACAACAUCGUCGACAUAGACGCGUCGCUUGUUACGGUGCUGCAGACAGCGGGCGCCGUGCCGUUUGCACGCACAACGAUGCCGCAGACGGGCAUGAUGCUGCAGACGGUCAGCAAUCUCUGGGGCCGCACGCUGAACCCGUUCCACCGGGGCUUCUCGGCCGGAGGGUCGUCGGGCGGCGACGGUGCGCUGGUGGGCAUGCACGGUUCGCCUUUUUGCCCGUCGACCGACAUUGGCGGCAGCAUCCGGGCACCGGCGACCUGUAACGGGCUGUACGCGAUCCGGCCGUCGUCCGAGCGCAUCCCCAAGGGCGGCCUGACAACGUCUGCGCCCGGCCAAAUCUCCAUCAAAGUAGCGUGUGGGCCGACUUGCCACAGUACGGCCGACUUGCGGCUGGUGACCAAGAUCUUGCUGGAACACUACAAGUACAUUGGCUACGACCCGACUUGCGUGCCGUUUCCCUGGAAGGAGGCUGUUUUCCUGCCGCCUAAGCUGUGUUUUGGGGUGCUCCGAGACGACGGCGUGGUGCGGCCGCAGCCACCGAUCCGGCGGUCACUGGACGAGACGGUGCAAGCGCUCACGGCCGCGGGCCACGACGUCAUCGAAUUCGAACCGCCCAUGGACUUGUGGGAGGUGGCCCGGACAACGUGGAAGCUGUACUUCCAGACAGGCGCCAAAGAGUCGCAGGCACUCGUGGCAGCCGGCAACGAGCCACUGACUGAGAAUUUUUCGUGGUACUUGGCUCUGUACGAAAUCAAGGAGCUGACGACAGCCGAGGUGUACGAACUCAACACACAGCAGGGCGUCAUUCGCAAGCAGUUCAACCAGGCGUGGCUGGCCACCAAGGACAAAACGGGUACGGGCCGGCCGAUGGACGCGCUCGUGUCGCCCUGUAUGCCGUCGGCCGGGUUUCCGCACGAGUUCCCUGUGUGGUGGGGCUACUUCUCGCUCUGGAACAUCUUGGACUAUCCGUCGACGAUUGUGCCUUUGAGGGCAUUUAAGGUGGACGCUGCCAAGGAUCCCAGGGAUGCCGACUACACGCCACGGACAAACGCACCGUUUGACAAGAUGAGCCACGAGAUUUACGACCCUGAGCUGUGGAAGAACCAGCCAGUGUGCGUGCAGAUCGUCAAGCAGCCCUACCAGGACGAAGAUCUGCUGUCAGUAACAGAGGUAGUCGAUGACGUUGUCAAUGGUAGGAAAGCAUGA